CUGCUCUUCUCCUUCCCGCUGCAGCCACCCCAAAGAAAAAGAAAGGGAACCCAGCCAGCCUUUGAGAAACUAGUGAGAAAGCUUGAUGAUUUUCCCUUCUUUUCUUGUUCUAGAACCUGAUUUGGAACCCAGAAAUCUCCCCCCUGCAGGAAGCUUUCGGAUCUGCUCUGCUCUUCCCUCUGCUGUCCGCCGGCUGCUGCUGCUAGGCCCGAAAUUCUGGGCAUUUUUCUGGAUUUCUUCUUCCAUGCCGCCGGCUCUUCCCCCCUGCAGCUUCGGUUUUUGCUUGCAAAUUCUGGUUCCCGAUCGUUCUGUCAGUUAGUGCGUGAAUUGAAUGCUCGGUUUAUGCGAGUGAGGAAAUGAAACCGAGGACGGGGAAACCACGGGAAGUGACGAGUUAGAUGGCUAGCCAUUUCGAGAUUGAUAUAGAUUCUAGAAAUCAUGAUCUUGUAAGCUAGAGUGUAUUGGAGAUUUAUGAUAUCAGAGAGAUUUUAUAAAAUUGAUCUUCAGAUUUUGGUGGUAUCAGAGUGUGAUGUGAUAAGUUCCGAGCCUUGUGCACUUGUGGGACCCGUCUCACGAGUGCACGGCGUCUGUCGCGUCC